AUGAGUGCUCGAAAUCGACGAGAUUUGGAAAAUAGAGAAUUAGAAUCAUUAGCACAAUGUUUACCACUUGCUGCUGCUAUAACAUUUCAGCUUGAUAAGAUUGAAACAAUGGCAAUAGGCUCAUUUUUACUUCAAACUUUGGAUGGUUUUGUACUUAUUCUUGAUGCUUCUGGUAAAAUGAUGUACGUAUCAGAAACUGCUUCUGUUCAUUUAGGACUUUCACAGGUAGAAUUAAUUGGUUCAUCGAUAUUUGAUUUUCUUCACCGUGAUGAUGAACCGGAAUUACGAUAUAUCCUAUCAAAUACCGAUUUCAACUGUACUACUCAAUUUACAACCAACAAUAAUAAUAAUAAUAAUAAUCAAUCGUACAAUGAUGAAAUUGAGCGCAUGUUUUUCAUUCGGCUAAAAUGUGUUUUACCAAAACGAAAUGCUGGAAUAAUUUAUAACGGAUAUAAGACAAUUAGUUGUUGGGGUUAUUCGAAAAUCUGUCAUGAUGGUGAAAGGAUUACAAAUAUGGGCUUAUUAGCUGUUGGAUAUAUGCUUACACGUAGCGGUAUUACCGAAUUAAAACUUUCUUCUUCGACAUUCAUGUUUCGAGCUCGUCUUGAUUUAAAUAUUAUUUUUGUUGAUUCAAGAGUAACAGCACUCACUGGUUUCGGUGCUUCUUCUCUUCUCGACACAUCCUUAUAUCAAAUGGUACUUCUGGAAGACGCGUAUACUAUCGAGAAGGCUCAUAAGAUUCUAUUACACAAGAAUCAAUCAACAACAGGAUACUAUCGAUUGUUACACCGUAUACGGGGAUACGUUUGGGCCCAAAGUCAAUUUUGCAUAGUACCAAUGUUGCGCGCAACUGUUACACACUGCAUCGUAGCUGUAACCGAAAUUUUUAGCAAAAGAGAGGGCGACAUGACAUUGGCGAUCAUUCAGCUUGAUGCUGAAGAAGAUGUUCCAGAAAGUACACUUGGAGAAUACUCAAAUCUUUUUUAUAAAGGCGCACCAGCUUCAGCUCCCCUUUAUUUGGAUUACAACGCGCAUAUGUUACCAGAUAAAUAA